GUUUGGUGGAUUUGAACAACUGUUCGCCAAUGUCUUGCAGAUUACUGGGUUUGACGAUUGCAUCAGCAACUUCCUUCUCCGUCGGUAGUAGAGGCCCAUACAAACCAUCCAUUUCUCGCAGCUACGGUGCCUAUGCCUCUUCAAGCAUACCGUUCCGAUGGCUUCACCGCCCCUUCCCCCGUAUUCCUUGAAACAAGCUAGAGCUGAAUGCACAAACCUCUGUCAUCUUCUGUAGUGCCGUUCCUAUUGCCCAAACUGCUUCUGAAGUGAGAGCAAGUAUUGUCUAAAGGGUUUCAAUUAACGCAAAUUGUAGUGUAUUGUACUUGCCUUCAUCAUUGGGUCAUUUUUCACCAAUUGUAAACCGGUUAUGUUGC